UUAUCUCUGUGCUAAUGAGGACUAGGGAGUGGUUCACUCUAGCUCCCUCCUUUAGAAAUCUGAUCCCAACCAGACCCAAGCCGAAAAAGUCUUCCGCCUUCCACCCUUCUCAGCCACUCUGGACUACAGCCCCCAGAAGGCGUUGGAACUCAGCCAUCUGACUUGCGCAGUGGCGUUCGUUGUAAAGUGCUAUGACAACAGGGCGAAGAUGGCUUGGAGUUAGGCGGGAGUGGGGAGUUGUCCCUUCCGCCGUUGCUGUCCUUUAUCUGCUACAUCCCACUGACUGCCUCCCUCACCAUUUCCUCCUCUUUGUGAGAAGCAGGACUUGCAGUUGUUCUGACCUGCCUGGUCUCUCCCAAGGGAUUGAUGCCGUUUUCCCUGCGCGUCUCCGGGGUUGACACAGAAGGGAUGCAGGUUUACUCCUUGUGGGUCUCACUCCAACUCUGUGGAGCUGGUGGUGCUCCCUGGUGAGGCUCUUUCUGUCUGGGACGUGGAGCAAGUUGGAGCAGGGGAACGACAGGGAGUAGUGAAGAGAGGGGUUGCUUUGCUCUGCACCCUCCAUUCUUGUUCUCGUCGUUGCAGCGCGGGGACCCCGGCAGGCGUUCUUAAAGGGAAAUCUGCGGAGAGUUGGAGGAAAGGUGGAGCAGGACCCACCUGAUUCGGCAUAAGUCAGCAACAGAUAGCUGGAAUCAAGAUGAAUAAUGCUGAUGUCCUGCUCCUCCAGGGAAGAUCAUUCUGUGACUGGGAGCUGUGGGGAGAGGGUGCCACUGUUCUUGGCUGUAUCAGUCUGGAGUGGAGUUUCUAUCUUGUUUUGAGCUAGGAGUGAGGAGAGGACCCGUGACUGGUGGUCUACUGUUCUGGGAGAAAAAGAAGAAUUUGAUCAAGGCUGUUUGUGUUUGGCUGAUGUUGACAAUACUGGAAAUGGACAAGAUAAAAUAAUUGUGGGUAGCUUUAUGGGAUACCUAAGAAUCUUUAAUCCCCAUCCUGUAAAAACAGGAGAUGGAGCUCAAGCUGAAGAUUUGCUUCUAGAAGUGCAUCUACGAGAUCCAAUAUUGCAAGUGGAAGUAGGGAAAUUUGUUUCAGGUACUGAAAUGCUUCAUUUGGCUGUGUUGCAUUCUAGAAAACUUUGUGUCUAUUCUGUCUCAGGAACCUUGGGUAACGUGGAACAUGGAAACCAAUAUCAGAUCAAAUUGAUGUAUGAGCAUAAUCUUCAGAGAACAGCCUGCAAUAUGACUUAUGGAUCAUUUGGUGGUGUAAAAGGUCGAGAUUUAAUUUGUAUCCAGUCUAUGGAUGGGAUGCUGAUGGUGUUUGAGCAGGAAAGCUAUGCUUUUGGGAGAUUUCUCCCUGGUUCUCUUUUACCUGGCCCUCUUGCUUACAGUUCCCGUACAGAUUCCUUCAUCACUGUUUCUUCCUGCCGACAAGUGGAAAGUUACAAGUACCAAGUACUUGCUUUUGCAACGGAUGCAGAUAGAAGACAGGAGACUGAACAACAAAAACUUGGUUCUGGAAAAAGACUUGUUGUGGAUUGGACUCUAAAUAUUGGAGAGCAAGCACUCGAUAUAUGUAUUGUCUCUUUCAAUCAGUCAGCAUCUUCUGUUUUUGUUCUUGGUGAAAGAAACUUUUUUUGCCUUAAGGAUAAUGGACAGAUUCGAUUCAUGAAGAAACUUGAUUGUAGCCCAAGUUGUUUUCUCCCGUAUUGCUCAGUUUCUGAAGGAACAAUAAAUACUUUGAUUGGAAACCAUAAUAACAUGUUGCAUAUUUAUCAAGAUGUGACACUGAAGUGGGCCACUCAGCUUCCCCACAUUCCUGUAGCAGUAAGAGUGGGCUGUUUACAUGAUUUAAAGGGAGUGAUAGUCACCCUGAGUGAUGAUGGUCACUUGCAGUGUUCAUACCUGGGGACAGACCCUUCUUUGUUCCAAGCUCCAAAGGUUGAAUCUAGAGAACUACACUAUGAUGAACUUGAUAUAGAAUUGCAAGAACUUCAGAAAAUCAUCAAAGAUGUUAAUAAAUCACAAGGUAUUUGGCCCAUGACUGAGAGAGAAGAUGAUUUGAAAGUUUCUGUCAUGGUUUCUCCUAACUUUGAUUCAGUGUCUCAAGCUACUGAUGUUGAAGUGGGAACUGACCUUGUCCCUUCAGUCACAGUUAAGGUCACAUUGCAGAAUCGACUGGUGUUGCAAAAAGCCAAAUUAUCAGUCUAUGUGCAACCACCUUUAAUAUUGACCUGUGAUCAGUUCACUUUUGAAUUUAUGGCACCAGAGAUGAGUAGAACAGUAGCUUUUUCUGUUUAUCUGAAAGGGAGUUACACACCGCCUGAAUUGGAAGGAAAUGCUGUUGUUUCUUAUACCAGACCAUCAGAUCGAAAUCCUGAUGGCAUUCCUCGGGUUAUCCAAUGUAAAUUUAGACUUCCCCUGAAAUUAAUCUGUCUACCAGGUCAGCCUUCAAAAACUGCAAGCCACAAACUAACUAUUGAUACCAACAAAUCUCCAGUUAGUCUUCUCAGUCUCUUUCCAGGCUUUGCCAGUCAGUCAGAAGACGAUCAGGUGAAUGUAAUGGGUUUUCGCUUCUUAGGAGGGUCCCGAGUUACUCUUCUUGCUUCUAAAACCUCUCAACGGUAUCGCAUUCAGAGUGAACAGUUUGAAGAUCUUUGGCUCAUAACGAAUGAACUUAUUAUCCGCCUUCAAGAAUAUUUUGAAAAACAGGGAAUCAAAGAUUUUGCCUGUUCUUUUUCUGGAUCUAUGCCCCUUCAAGAAUAUUUUGAGUUGAUUGAUCAUCAUUUUGAGUUGCGGAUAAAUGGUGAGAAAUUAGAAGAACUCUUAUCUGAAAGAGCUGUACAAUUUCGGGCCAUUCAACGCCGACUAUUGACAAGGUUCAAAGAUAAAACACCUGCCCCCCUCCAACACCUGGACACCUUGCUAGAUGGAACUUACAAGCAGGUAAUCGCUCUAGCAGAUGCAGUAGAGGAAAACCAAGACAAUCUGUUCCAGUCAUUCACCAAGCUGAGAAGUGCCACCCAUCUGGUGAUUCUGCUGAUUAGGCUGUGGCAGAAGCUUAGUCCUGACCAGGUUGCUAUUCUGGAAGCAGCAUUUCUGCCACUGCAGCAGGACACUCAAGAACUGGGCUGGGAGGAAACAGUGGAUGCUGCCAUUUCCCACCUCUUGAAGACUUGCCUAUCAAAGAGUUCAAAGGAGCAGGCUUUGAACCUCAGCAGCCAGCUGAACAUACCCAAAGACACAAGCCGACUGAAGAAACAUAUCACCUUGCUCUGUGAUCGAUUAGCCAAAGGUGGACGUCUCUGCUUAAGUACGGAUGCAGCGGCUCCGCAGACCAUGGUCAUGCCAGGUGGCUGUACUACCAUCCCAGAAUCAGACUUAGAGGAAAGGUCAAUAGAACAAGACUCCACUGAACUGUUUACCAACCACAAACACCUCAUUGUAGAGACGCCCAUGCCUGAAGUUUCACCCCUUCAAGGAGUCUCGGAAUAGUUCAAGUAGAGUUGUCUGGAUGAGGGGAAGAUGGCCUUCCCAAGUCUGAUCCUGUGUGGACCUCAUGCCAAGCACAGAUGUAGGGCUCGUCCAGGUGCUUCAUCCAUCUCACCUGCUUGGAGAUGAUACUAUGUAGACAUGGGGAUUGGGAUUUUUUGAUUUUGCUAGGAGGACUUAUAAUACCAUGCACGGGUAUGUUGAAACUUGUCUUACCAGGAAAAGCUGUUGCUGCUUUUUGAUCAUCUGUAUGCUUAUAGCCAUCAGAUAUAGUGAGAGGACAUCUUUGGGGGACAGACUUUAUAAUGCAGAGACCUAGAUCCAAAGUAAUUUGAUACCCCAUUUUUUUUCACAGAAUUCUUAUAUAAUAAAUGUAUCAAAUUUAAUAAAGCAUCUCAUUGUCCAACAAUAUCUUGGUUUUGAU